UUGGUUCGGAGAAGACGGCCAACUUGAACAAUUACCAUUGCCGUUGGAAAUGAUCGCCUAUCAUCCUUUAAAUCUCAACGAAACUAACGACAGUGACCAAGCUUUAAUCCAUUUUGAACCAGCAAUUUUAUUCGGACAAGAAACCCAAGACUUAUGCAGCAUAUUCAUCAGUGGAGAUCAAUGCUAUGUGUUGGAGUUAGAAAUUAAAGACAUAGCUUUUACUCACCAUCCUUUAUUUUGUCGCGAACACGUAUUGGCCAAUAAACUGUGUCGACUUUACGAGCAAUACGAGUAUCGAUUAGAGGCAGCCAUAACCAAAAGACUGAUUUCAAAAUUACGAGCGUUAAGAACUGCCAGAGAUAAUUUGAUUAAAAUAAUGUCAACUGAACGUAACGCUGACAUGAUAGCUGUGCAUAAAGAAAGGUUGACCAAGUACAAAAUUCAAAUUCAAGAAAUUAGAAAACAGCGUAUUUUGGAAGGAAAAAAUGACAACGCGUUAAUAAUGAAUUUGCUGUCAACGUGGAAGGAUUUGAAACGUAUGCGAGCAUUGCAAGGAUACACAUCUUCUAAUGUUAAACUAGUCAUACUGAAAUCAGAUCACGUCCAUUCGACCCAAGAAUGGCAGAAUGAAAUAAAGAGUCACGUAGAAGAAACACUCGAAGAAAUGAAAGAAACGCAAAAUUACGACGAAGAAAACCUGUCUGAAAAUUACGCAUCAAUAGAAGGCGAUCGUGAAAAUAGACGUGAUUCUGCCAGCAGCACUGCUCUAGAUUUGAAAGCUAUCCACGAGAAAGCUGUGGAGGAUGUAUCUGAGAGUAUGCCAGCGCCAGAAGAACAAACUUUCGUUGUUUCGUUAACUCAGCAGGAAAUUACGAGCGAUAAUGAAUUAACCAAUUCUAUGGAAAUUCAGCGUAGAUCGUUGAUAAGCAGAAGUCGAAUCUGGUUUCGUAUAUUCUACAACGGACACGAAGUUUGCAAAUCAUCUCCUCAAACUAUGGAACGACAUUUUAGCUGUGUUUUCAACCAGAAGUUUUCCAUUCGCGUUCAAGAGUGGCCGGCUACACUAUCAAUACAAAUAUUUUGCGAUGGUGUACCCAGCAAAGGCAUUUUUAGCGAACAUCCUUUGGCGGAAAUCUUUUUACCGAUUCCUCAUAGUGGGGCUACCCUGGAAAACGUACCAUUGGAAAAAUACGAAUUUAGCAGCACAGACGAAGUGGGAAUUGGAGUCAGACAUUCGGGUGUGGGUUCUGGAGUUCCAUUCAAAUUGUUUUCAGAUGAUGAUAAAAUGACCUGUUGUUAUACAACUGCCUGUAUUACAUGCAAGACAGCAUGGGCUGCCAAUAAUGAACGAGUCUUGUCACCGCCGGAGUAUUACUUUAAUAAAAUCAAUGCGAGAAGGCAGACUACCGAAAGCACGACAAAAAAUCAAUCAGACACGUCGGUUUUGAAACAAUGGUUGAAGACUGUCCAACUAGAUCCAAACGAUCCGACUAACGUACCACUGUUUGAAUUACUCAAGAAAGCCGACAAAAAUUCAGAAGAGGUGCAAAAAUGUUUCAACGUGGACAGCGCCCAAAAAAUGUUCGAUUUUUGCUCAGAAGAUGAAAUGACUGCGAAUCCAAGAUUCAAAUUACUCAGCUUACGAGAUCGCGGGGAGAUGGAAUUCAAGAAUGCCAAAACGGUCCCAUUGCGGGAAUGGGAGAUACCUAAAGAUAUGUUCAAGAAUUACGAAAAACGCGUAUCCAGCCCAGAACUACCGUUUGAUACCAUCGGAUUGGGUCAGUUAGAAAUACACAGAGCGUGGGGUGAACACUCAUUGAGCAUGCUAUAUGACAGAAUUUUAAAACUUUGCAAGCUUUCGCAAUUACAUCGCAGCACUCCGGAUGUGAUACAGGAAGAAAAAGUUCCUGACAUCGGAACACUGGGAUUAACUUUCAUGAAACUUUUGCAACCGAAACGUCCACUGAGACCGAGGCGAAAAGGACGAAAACGUAUACCAGUCAAAGGCUUAACAGGACAAGAAGUAAAAGUAAUCGUGAACGUAGUGAGAGCCUUUGAAGUUCCAAUUCGUAAAGACGUCGACACAUUGACUGAAGACAACAUAUCUUACGUGCCAGUGAGACCAUUUGUGGAAGUUACAUUCAAAGGUCAAACCAAACGAACAGUAACAGCUGAUGGACCAAAUCCAACUUGGAACCAAGAUUUACAUUUUUCAUUGAUGGGACCUAAUGAUGGCAGUUUUCAAGUGAGUAACAUGCAAUCUUUCGGCGAUAGUCUGCACAUUCACUUAUUCGACGAGAUCAUCGUUGAUAUAUUGGAAGACGAACGAAUUCGCGAUACUACAAUACAUCAGAGAUUGGAUCGCAAUUGGCUCGGAAGUUUGAGGAUUCCUUUUUCAACUUUAUAUUUCAACCACCAGGUUGAAGGUACAUUUCAAUUGUAUUCGCCACCCUUUCUGUUGGGAUAUGAUCGACAAGUGUCACUAGCUUCUUCUGAGCAAUCGCAUUUACGCAAUUCGACAUUUUUAACGUUGUUCAUCAUCGUACAACCGCCACUCAGUCCUCCGGAUCCGAUCAUGGAAAAUUUAGAAUGCAGUGAACCUCCGUAUUUAGAACAGUAUUUGGAAUUGUGGGCUAAGGAAGUGAGCCGAGAGGUUCCCCACAGACCAGUGAAAACCUUAGUCACAGAUGGCGGAGGCAAAUCAGUAUGUGUUACACGAUUUUUUCGCGCCAUUUCGCCACCAGUGAUCUACGAAAACGAAAACACCACUCCGGAAAUGAUAGCAAGAUAUGUAUCUUUAAUACCUGUUUCCACAAGUGGAGCACUAUUAUUUGGCCACUUCAACGUGUGGCUGACAUGUGAUCAAACGAUCAGACUGCUACUGGGUGAACGAGAAGAUCACGCUAUUCUGUUAUGUUGCUUUCUAAUGAAGUUGGGUUUGAAAGCAUGGCUUUUAUUUGGAAACGGAAUACCUCACGGUCAUUCAGCUUACGUCCUUACUCGUCACGAUGCUCCCUUAAUGACUCCGGUUUACAAUAUUUGGGAUUCGGUGACUGGCCUGAAAUAUUCUUCCAUGGAUAGUUUUUCACCAUUGCAUAAAGUUUAUUGUUUGAUAAACGAUGAAAAUAUAUGGAUCAACAUCCAAAAGGAAGAAUUGAUUCGUAGAACUAAUUUUGAUGUGAGUCAACGCUCAGAUUGGUGGCCAGCGUUCGGAAAGCAAAUUCCCCCACCAACAAACUCAGUACAGCCAGAUAGCAUAGAGUACACAUUCACAUCCAACACCGAUGUGCAUUUGUUGCAAGAUAAAAUUGAAAAAUAUUUGAGGGAUUCUAUCAUGAAAUGGAGGCCAACUUCCAGGUAUGCACGGCACUAUUUAUACCUAAGCAGUCAAAAAAGUAUGUAAGCAAGUGCAUGCAUCUACUUUC